GCCGCGACAACUUAUACCAAAUAAAAAAAACUGUAACUAAUAUACCGUUAUGUAUUAUGCAACCCAGAUUACAGCCUGUUUUUACAAAACUAUUUUUACUAUAAUAUAAUAUAUAAUUAAUUAUAGGCAAAAAAUGUGAUGCUCUGUUAAAAAUGUGUGCUUAAUAUUGUUGUAUAUCUUGAAAAAGAAAAACGGAGAGAAAUUCGUUUAAACCUCGAUUUCUCGAAGUUGGCAACGCUGCCUUAAUCGCUCAUUUCUUGCAAAACAACCAUAUUUUUGUUAUAUAAAAACAACGUCUUAUUUUAUGUUUUCCAUAAACGUUAUUUUUCGCUGUAAAAGACUGCUAACAGUGCUAAGGUUAAUGCUAAUUAAAAUUUAACAUAAUAAGUAGAGUGUUCAUUCAAAAUGAAGCAAGUAAUCGUUAAAAAAGAACCUGAAGAACUAGUUGACGAUUCAGAACGAGAUAUUUCGAUAAAUUACGAUAAACCAAGUACGUCUUCUGACCAAGAAAUGCCUUCAACCUCUGGUAUGGCAAUAAAACAAAAAAUCAAAAAAGAAUUGCAUGAUAGCGAUAACUCCAUGGACUAUGAUGAAUCGGGGGUAAAAGAAGAACCAGAAACGUCCACAGAUGAAGACAAUUUUGAUGGAGCCAAGCAAACCAAACUAAUAUUAGAAGCCAAAUACGAAGAGUUUCUCGACAAAGGAUCUAAAAUCAAUGAUGGUGAUGAAGAAUGUGACGAUUCUGAUCAUGGAGAUGAAAGUGAAAAUUUCUUGUACAAUAUUAAGGAAGAAGGAGAUAAUAGUGAAUCUUCUGUAGAAGAUAAUAAAAAUUAUUUAUACAUUAAAGACGAAGGAAAAGAUGAAAAUGAAGCCAUGUUUGAGACAAAAAUCGAGGUGAAAUAUCAUGGGGUUGAAUAUAAUGACAUUAGUGCAGUUAAAUCAGGGGCAGACAGUGAAGUUGUAAAUAAAAACAUACUGGCGAAAAUAGUCCUCCCAAAAGACAUGGUAAGCCGUUUUACACCGUCAAAGAAAAAACAGAAUAAUAAUAUGGAUCAUAAAAAACAAAGGGAAAAGCAGAGGCUUGCAAUGCGGAGGCUGCGAGAAGCCAGGCGACAAGAUCCUGAAAAAUAUGAAGAGGAAAAAAGAAAAGAACGUUUAAGGUAUCAUGCUAGGAAAGAAUCAGGAAAAAUUAAGUCAGUCAAAGAGAUGUCAGAGGAAGAAAAAAGCACAAAAAGAAAGGAGUGGAGGGAAAAAAACAAAAAAUGGUAUAAUAAACAGAAGGAACUUGCAAAAGGGGAAACUAUUUCAGAAGAGAUUAAGAAUGAAGUGCUUUGUUUAGAGUCAGAAAACUAUGGGCCGUCAAAAUGAUAAAUGAAAGUACUCCUUAAGACCUAAUUAAAAGCUUGUGCUGUGAAAACGAAAAAGUUUGUGACAGCUGCUUAGAACGAACAUGUCAAAAUUGUAAAAACAAAAGAAUAAAUACCAAUGAAUACAAUUUGCUUGACACUAUUGUGUACGAAAGAUGGACAUCAAAAAAAGUUUUGGUUAUUAUUAAGGGUAAGGAUAAGCAGUGCCAGAAAACUUUUAAAGAAAAAACAGUUACCACAAAGUCUGAAGUAUUUUGUACACUGCAGAAGUCGUUAAAGCCCUUUUUUCUUCACAUUAGAAACAUUUACCAUCAAUAUGAUUCCAUCAGUCAUACCAAAAAAACCUUGGGACAAGAUGAGGCACUUCUGCAGAAGUGCAGAGUGCCCAUUUUGGGGGUUCUAAACCUCAGCUGAGCUUACAUACAACUGUGUUAUAUUAAAAAGAUAAACAAGAUGUUCUUUUAAAAAAAAUGUUAUUGCACAGUAAGUGAAAACCUUCAUCAUGACCCAGUUGCCAUAUGCUUGCAUUUGGAUCCCAUACUAAGAGACUUAAAACAAAAGUUAAAAAACAUGCAUUUCCUUAGUGAUGGACUGGAACUCAAUAUCGCAAUAGAAAAUUAUUCCAUCUUAUUGCUAAUUAUCUUUCCAAGGUUUUGGAAGUCGACAUAAUUAAUUGGCAUUAUAGCAAAAAAGGCCAUGGUAAAGGCGCUUCUGAUGGGGUUAGGGGAGUCAGGACAUCCAAAACUGAAGAGUUUUACUAAAAAUUUACAAGAUGUAUGCAAAAGUAUUACACCUUAAAGUAUAUAGAAAGUUUAAUUCCAGAUCAUUUGCCACAAUGUAAAGGGAUUCUGCUUGUCAUGAGGUAAUGUGGUCAAACGCCAACCACUUUUUAGACAUCAGAGAACGUGUACUAAAUGUGAACCAAAUGUAAAAUGCAAGCAUUAUUCAAUUGGUCCUUACUAUUACAAAAAAACAACAUGAAAUUGGACAAUCAUGUAGUUUCUCACAUGAAAUGGUUAUCAGCAGUUCUGAUAAAGAACCCUUGGCUCAUGUCCUAAGAAAAAGACAUCUAUCCAAUGGCAGUGAUAACAACAGCUUAGAUAAAAAACUUAUAACUAAAAUACGAAAGAAAAAAUAUAGUUAUAAAGAUUUACAGUAGUUAAGAUGAAGAACCAUUGGCUCAAAUUAUUAAAAAAUUGGAUCACCCAAAGAGAAAGAAUUUACAGAUUUAUUAAGGAAAAUGAAUUUGUCAUGGUCCACUAUGUUGGUAUUGUGCAACAAAAAGAUUCAGACGAUCAACCAAGUAACUAAAAGUUUCUAAGAAAUAUUAAUGACACUGACGAAUUCAUAUUUCCUAUUGCAAGAUGAUGUAUUAUUUGUAAAUAAAAAUGACAUUGUGUGUGCUCCCAACACAUAUGAUCAACAAUAGGAAGCAAUAUAGAUUCAUGGUUGAUCUUUCCAAAUUUAAUCAUUUAAAUUAGGUUUUUAUAUUUUAUUUAGCUUUAAGCUUACUAUAAAUUUUCUAUAAACACUUGUUAGUUAUUUUGUUAGUAUUAUAAAACAUUUUUUUAUAAUAAAACAUGCGCUUAGUAUUAAAU